AUGAUAGCAUUCUGGAUCAGAAUCCACGGCAUUCCGCUGUACUACUGGAAUCUGGAUACGCUAACAGCCAUAGGAAAAGAGCUUGACCCAAUUCUGGAUAAAUAUAUAGACAACGGCAGAAUCAGGGUGCACAUCGAUGGCCUCAAGAAAUUGGAAAUGCGACUUCCUAUUGAACUACCAUCAGGGGAAGUCAUUACGGUGGAUUUGGAGUAUGAAAAAAUGGAGAAACACUGCUUCAUCUGCUAUUCUCUCUGUCACGAGAAAGAAACUUGCCCUCUCAAUAGGGACAGAUCCUCUAAUACGACUUUAGCUCAAGGAAUUAGCCAGCAUAACACACUAAGGAAGCUGGAAGACCAUCGCCGCAGGCAUGAGGCUAGAAGAUCAUCGCCGCAAGCAUGA